AUCCCAAAAUCGUGGGGGGAAACGGCUCUGGUUUGGUUGAGUAAACUUCUUCUUAAUACCGUGCGUCGCGUUUUGUCGUAUUCCGUGAGAGAAUCACGCGUGUGUACGACACGCAGUGCAAGUGAAAACAAGUUGGUAGGGGAGGGUGCAUACAAGUUGAGGGAGAUCGAUUUGACACGACGACCACCGAGCUGAUUCAGCUUUGUGAACGAUGUCGAAUCGUUUGAUAGCGAUUUUCCACGGAAUUGCAAAAACGUGGAUCUAAACGGUACACGCGGAUAGUUUCUACGUAACGAGGAUAAAAUCUUUCUUAUUAUCGUUGAUCGCCUUACUGUGAAUCACUGCCAAUGUGCAACUCGGCCGACGCUUCUUACGUACAAAAGCUAGGUUAUCUGCAUCUCGGGGAUGAAACCAGUGACGCCGGCGGUGCAUCGGGUACCGGUAGGGUCACAGGAUCACGACCUGAGGCCCAGGUACCCGUAUCAAGAAAUAUUGCCAACAGAAACGAUGCUAGAGGGCCUGGUAGACCAGUUGGUGCUAUCGAGAGUUUCAUUGAAGGCAACUCUGAGAGCUGUAGACAAGUGUCAACGACUGAUUACAAAUUAUACGAGCGUGAGAACAUAAUAGCUGCAUCAAGGUUUGCUACGCCGAAACCUGUGGAGCAGAUAAGUGCCCAGCAACAACAGAAUCAAAGUCGUAUGAGUCAUCAACAAGCACCGGUAUACGAAAAUAUUGAUUAUUAUCCGCAGCAAAGUCAACCCCAUCCCCCUUAUUAUCAUCCAGUGGAGUCUAGGAAAAGUCCCAAGAGUAGCCCCCGGGGUUCUUUAGCAAGCGAAUCUUACGAACCUACUUUUAGGAAAGCACAACCACAAGUACCUACUGGAAAUCGAUACCAGUCUGUAUCACCGGCAAAAGAAUUACCUCCGUACGAAGCUCCCCCUGUUUAUGAAAAUAUUCAAGAGGUACACUUCACAGAGAAUACGCAAAAUAAACCAGGCCCUCAAGUCCCACCCAAUUACUAUCACCCAGCCACGAUUAACGGAGGUGAUUAUGUCGUCAUGACUGGAAAAGUAGGUCAAGUACAAAAUCAACGCGGUAUGACGCAAAGUUUAUCGUAUACGCAACAGAGAGGAAACAACAUACGUGGCCAAAGUUACGAUGGUUCAAAUUUACAACGCUCCAUCGAUUCCUCUGCAUCGAGGUACUUACAAGGAUCUUCUUCGUCGUUGGAUCACCAAGCUGGCAGAAGUGCUUACGUUCCACCAUCGGAAUUACAAACACCGACCAGAAAUUUUAGUUAUAGUUCUGAGCAACAACAACAUUCUCCUAGGUCUGGACUCCCUUAUCAUAGUGAAUCUCCACCGAUACGUUUACCACCGGAACCGCACCAUUAUCGCGGUUCUUUGGAUAGUACAAUGAGUGGACAACAUGGCUUCCGGGCAACAAAUCAUACAGAAGGUACACAGCAAUCCCAAUAUCGUCAAGACAGUCCCCAAAGUUACAAGCCAUAUAUGGAGUCAACGACAAGAACUACAAGUGCAAAUAUUACUGGAGAGACACAAGCCAGGAAUUCUCCUGUCUAUGGUGUGCGACAAGGUGAGCAAACUGCUUGCCGUAAUUCUCCCUGUUACUCUCCAAGUAGGGUAUUACCGCCAAACGAGAGGAACUAUCAUCAUCAAGAACCUAGAUCAGAAUUUCCUGCUAGAAAUUCCCCAAUUUAUUCCUCUAACCGAUCAACAGAACACUUAAGACUAAGUAAUCUGCAGAAUGAUAGAAACUUCAUUCAGGAUGCACCUGAUCCUUUUGAAGCAAAAACACCACCCAUAUAUUCACCCAGUCGCGGCGAUUCUUCCAGAAUAAUAGCUAACAAUAAUGGUGUGAGAGGCUCCCCAAAGACAAGUCCAACUCACAAUCAAAUACCAUCCGAUACUAUUACACAGAAUGUCAUUAAUUCACCGAGACACGUGUUAUCUUCCUCAAAUAAUACCAUUGGAAGUCCUCUUCGUGGCCAAGUACAAACACCGGUAACUAGUGCUACAACAACUGCCACUGACUCUGAUUCAAAUGUUCAUGGUCCCAGAAUAACUAGCCUUCCUCCGGGGGUGACUAGUGGUGUAGCUGGUCCAGUUUUUUUGAAUGCUGGUGUACCUGUAUUACAAAGGACAUCUGAACCAGAACCAGAAGAAAGAAAGUCAGUUAGUCCGCCAAUGAAACAUACGGCUGGGAAGGGACUGCUUCCUUACAAUGUUAUACCACCUAGAUCUUCGGGACCCACUGAAGCGGAGAGAAAAAUAGAAGAGUUGACGAGGCAACUGGAAGAAGAAAUGGAGAAACAAGAAGAGGAAGGAGAAUACUUUGGUAUUUGUCACACAUGCGGUGAAAAAGUAACUGGGGCAGGUCAGGCUUGUCAAGCCAUGGGUAAUCUUUAUCACACGAAUUGUUUUAUAUGCUGUUCCUGCGGAAGAGCGUUACGUGGCAAAGCAUUCUAUAAUGUUCACGGAAAAGUUUACUGCGAGGAAGAUUACUUGUACUCUGGCUUCCAACAGACAGCCGAGAAAUGCGCGAUUUGUGGUCAUCUAAUUAUGGAAAUGAUAUUGCAAGCGAUGGGGAAAUCUUAUCAUCCAGGAUGCUUUCGAUGUUGCGUUUGUAACGAGUGUCUUGACGGUGUUCCUUUCACGGUCGAUGUUGAUAAUAAAAUUUAUUGCGUUAACGAUUACCAUAGAAUGUUCGCCCCUAAAUGUGCUUCAUGCGGAAAGGGGAUCACUCCUGUCGAGGGCACUGAGGAGACUGUAAGGGUUGUUUCCAUGGAUAAAGAUUUUCACGUGGACUGCUACGUUUGCGAGGAUUGUGGUAUGCAGUUGACCGACGAACCGGACAAACGAUGCUACCCACUCGACGGUAGACUCAUGUGUCGUGCGUGCCACAUCCAACGCAUAUCCCACACGCAGCCUAGGGCACCACAGCCAGUAUCAGCUAGCUAUCAAUUUAUGGGAUAAGUUAAAUCAGUUCCGUAAUUUAAGCAUUUCGUCGGAUAUUUCGAACCGAACUGCGCGCGCUCGUAUCAGUCGUCCGUUAUUCGACCGAACGAAGCUCCGAUUACCACGGUGAAACUAACUUGUCCCUUAGUUUAUACCAGGCAUGUCCAAACGAAGCUCGGAAAUUUAGACAUCUUCCGCCGCUCUGUUCGAUUAACAUAAUACCAUACAUUAACCGAUACCGCGCGAUACGGUACACAUGUUCAAUGUGAACGUCAUCCGCGGAAAUAAACAUAACCUCUUUUGUUUUAUGAACGAAGUGUUCAACGGAAGAGGAAAGAUGAGACGUUGUCGAGUGUUUUAUUUCUCGAUGGCGGCGCGUAAGAGUGCAAGUUACGUGCAGGGCUCCACCCCAUGGACAUGCCUGGUUUAUACGGUGUAAAUUAGUAGAAAAGACAGGUACCGAUUUACAUUCUAAUCAAUCAACGUCUGCGAAAAGUUAUAGCUUUAUUGUUCCUCUGAACGAGAGGUUAGGAUUACGUACCAAGACUGGAUAUUUACAGAACCGAAAUACUUACACUGCCCAUUGGGAUCAUCUAGAUUAUUCAGGUCUAAUCAAUAACAUAAUCGAUCGAUGAUCUAUUUGAUAUUUUUAGCAAUAUAUUGUCGCUAUUCGUGGCAAGUUUCCAUUGACAGCUAUACUAAUAUAGGUAAGUGGUAUAUUUAAUAUAUGUGGUCUUUAUUUAUUUGUCCAAGGUACUGCACGCGA